GAAGAGGAGAAAUCCUCGCCGAUUCGCUUAUUACUAGACGCCACUUAAAGCCAGUUUCCACUGUCCCGGGACGAUUUAGAGAUUAAAAAAUACAGAUAGACGCACGCGAUUAGCUUUUCUCCGCAGCGCAGCUUCUCAGUAAAAGUGGCGCCUGCGCACAGAGGGUCCGGCGUCACUUAUCUGAGCGCGCCGCUCUUCAGCACCGAGGAGAGAGCCGCGCGUCACACGCCAGCUGGACCGCCGGAACCCGAGUCCCGCCACCGGUUCUGACAGAGGCGGAGCCGCGCGAUGCUCUGGUCGCCAUGAACGGAGUCAACUUCUCCAGCUACAGUCUGUCCGGGGAAGCGCAGGCUGACGCCUACUCCGUGGACGCGGACGAGUCCCUGUACCGGCAGUUCAGGCCGGAGGUGAAGGAGCUGAUCCAGCUGCCCAAGGCCGUCGUCUACCUGCUGAUGGCCGCGAUGGUGGUGGUGGGAGUCGCCUACGCCAUCAUCGGACACCUGAUCAAGGACCUGGCCAUCGACAUCACAGCAAAACACAGUUGGGCUCCACCGGUGCUCCUGGUGAUGACUCAUCUUCCACCUUCUCUGGGUUCAGAGUGCGUUCUGGGUCCCACCGGGGACGAGGAAAAUGAGAAGACCAACCCCCAGCGCCUGUGCUCCAGCUACCCUCCGCCUCUGCACCCCUUCGCUCACAACGCCUUCCACGUGUGGGACCAGGACGACGUGGUCAUCCCACUGCCGCCGGCGGACGAGAGCCCCCAGACCAGCCCCCUGCUGCUGGCCGCCCUGCCCUACAUCCCCGCCUUCUUCCCUCACUCUUACAGCUCCCCCACGUGUCACGGCUCCCCGGCCCUCUUCAGCAGCAGCCCGGGUCAGAACCCGGAGACCAGCAUCCCCAGGGACGUGUGACUGGAGGUGGAGUAAAUCUCAGCAUGUGGACUGACGGAGUGUGGAGGAGCCUGGUCAGAUUAUUCUGGAACUGGCAUGGAAAGCAGAGGUAGUUGCUUGACUCUGGAUUCCUGGUCCUCCUUGUAUACUUUGACCCGUAGCAGGCGUAAUGUAGCAUUUAUACGUUGUGUGGUUGGUGCAAACACCAAUGCACAAGUUAUAGCCAGAGCUAGCAACAGGAGGGUCUUUGCCAGUUUGGCUCGAUGACAUUGAAAAUCCGCAAUGUUCAACGUUGUCCACCAAAAAACCUCGACCCCCCGAGUAGAAUUAAGUGAGAGAUUUGGGUAGGAAACUGGUUUGCGACAUCAAAGCAAACUGAGAAACACAAACUGGUACCAACUGGACAUGGCAGAUGAUAAGAGGCGGGGGCAGUGUUCACACACUAGUCUAUCCUAGUCACCGAUUCCAAGUCAGCGUGUGCGUCUGCCUAAAUUUGGAUGACUCAGACGUCUGCCUCUUGGGCGUCACAAUUGGAUUUGCCUCGAUACGGAAAAGAAUCUCAGGUGUUGCCAAGUGUGGUUUUCGUGGAGCGUAGCAACACGGCGCUUAAUCUGCGCUGGCCGUCUCUCAACCAUCUGUGCAGUCGGCGAAAGUGUGUCUCGAGAGCUUUGAGGGACGAGGAACUUUUGAACUACGGGAAGUUCCUUUUGCUCCUGGUGUCGCAGCCCGUGGAACACGGCAGAGCUCAAGCAAGUCCUGUGCCUUGGUUCAGCCGCCCCCACCCUCCACCCCCCGCCUCCCGUGAAGAGGAUUACAGCAGAGGAUCAUUGUCUCAGUGUGCCUGAGCUUCAGUGAGAAGACACAGAUCUAAACUUCACACCGCCACCUCCGUGGCUCUUCCUCUUGUGUAAAUAAAC